CACACCCACACACACCUAUGAGGGCGGAGCUUCAGCAGCUAAGGUCUGAGCUUUUCAUCCUGCAGUCAGAGAUCCAGAGAAGCUGAAGGACGAUCUGCUGCAGCUGCAUCUGAAGGAGACCGGCAUGAUCCUUCUCUGAUCCAGCCAGCUGUCUUCUCCCCUCAUUGGUCGCUCCCGAUGACAUGAUGAGCUCCGCCUUCUCUCAGUCACUCUUUGAUUGCUUCGGUAUGUCUCCCCCUGUUGGACUGGAGGAGCGGAGCAGGUCCCAGCACUCAGAGUCUCUGUCCACCUCUGUCCCCAUCCUCUUCUAUCCCCCCAAUAUGGACCCAUCUACCCUAAGCCUGUAUAAGGGCCCUCUGAGGGGCCCCGGAGGGAUCCUGCCAUACCUGUCCCCAUUCCACCAUCAUGGACACUUCAGUGUCUACGAGUGUCCGUUUGAGCCAGCGUUUAUCCAGAAACGAAACGAACGCGAACGUCAGCGCGUUAAGUGUGUGAACCAGGGCUACGCCAAGCUAAGGGACCACCUGCCGGGGCAGAGCGCCGAAAAAAGGCUUAGCAAGGUGGAGACGCUUCGAGCCGCCAUCAGGUAUAUCAAGUACUUGCAGAGGCUGGUAAAGAUGGAGGAAGAAGAUCAAGAGGAGGCGGAGUCAUCCAGGGGCAGCCCGUCUGUACCGGACAACGGAGGAGGGACGCAGGCUGUUGAGCUCUAAACAAAACCUUCUGCUUCCCAUGGAGGACCAAUCAGAUCCCACCAUCAAAAGGGAGG